UAAUUCACUCUGCGUAUAGUGGCAGAAUGUGAGAGAGACUGCACUCUCUAACAAAAAAUAGUGUUGUCGUCGAACUCUUGCUCCAAUGGUAAUGAAAGGUCUUGAUAAUGGGAGCAGAAAGCGCAAACGACAGACUUCAAGAAAGCUUGGAGUGGAUGCAAAAGUGGAGGUGCGGAGUAUGGACAACGGGUUUCAAGGAUCGUGGCACCCCGGGACAGUUAUCAUGUGUGAGGAUUUGCAACGGCGUGUCAGAUAUAACAAUAUUUUGGAUAACGAGGGGGUGUAUAAUCUUGAGGAGGUUGUGAUUGUUUCAAAAGCUUUGGACGGUGAUAUUGAAUGUGCAGAUUUCUAUGCACGCGGGUUCAUUAGGCCACUGCCUCCUUUGGUUGAGUUUGAUAUGGGGGACCUUGUAUAUGGUUUAUGUGUUGAUGUGAACUAUGAGGAAGCUUGGUGGGAAGGAGUUAUAUUUGACUACUGUGAUGGAAUGGACAAGAGGAGUGUGUUUUUUCCUGAUUUGGGUGAUGAAAUACCGGUUGAAAUUCAUCAGUUGCGGAUUACUCAGGACUGGGAUGAAAUUACUGAGGAGUGGACCCGACGAGGGAACUGGGUGUUUCUUGAUCUGGUGGAGGAGCAGAAGAGGAACUUGUUUGUCACAGUUUCGGCCAAGCAGAUUUGGUAUGAUAUACGCAUUAAAAAGGAAUUUGAGACGAUUAGAGAGUGGACAUGUAAUUUGAAGUACUUGUGGACCGAGUUGAUAAAGGAGAUAAUUAAUCACUACUUGUCUCUAACGUUAAAGGAAAUUAUCUCUGUCCUAAACCUUCCUCGGAGUCUUUUAAAUGAAACACCAGAGCAUGAAUUUGCUGAAGCUAUGCCUAAUGUUGACCUAAGCAUGAUCUGGCAUAAUAAGCAAACUGCUGUGCAGAAAGGAACUGUCCCUCGUAUUAAAGGGACCUUAUCUGACGUUCAAAAUGAAAUUAGACCCUGUGGUGAUAGUCCUUUUGAUGAAAGCAGAGAAGAUAGAUCCUCAAGUCAUUUAAUGUCCUCUUUUUGGAAUCCUGUGAAGUUGUCUGGGGUUGAAUUAUGCCCUGAUGCUGUUAGGGAAUAUCCACUUGCUUCCAAACGUGAAGUUAGGGCAUUUUGGAUGGACAAAUUACAAAAGCAUCUUUUAUGUCUUGGAUGGAAAAUUGAAUGGUCAAAUAGAUUAAAUAUUAAACGUUACAAGUAUAUUUCCCCUUACACGAAGGGCCAAAGGUAUUACCUUUCACUCAUUGAAGUUUGUAAAGCUAUGAAACAGGACCCCAACAUGAACUCCUUGCAUCUCCAAAAUGAUCAGACCAUAACGCAUCCUACAGUUGAUUUCCAUCUUUCAGAUGUGCCUUCUAUUCCAGCUGAAAAUCUUCAGUCUAUAACGCAUCUCCAAAAUGAUCACUCUAUAAUGCAUCCUACAGUUGAUUGUCCUCUUUCAGAUGUGCCUUCUAAUCCAGCUGAAAAUAUUCAGUCUGUAACGCAUCUCCAAAAUGAUCACACUAUAAUGCAUCCUACAGUUGAUUGUCCUCUUUCAGAUGUGCCUUCUAUUCCAGCUGAAAAUAUUCAGUCUGUAACGCAUCUCCAAAAUGAUCACACUAUAAUGCAUUCUACAGUUGAUUGUCAUCUUUCAGAUGUGCCUUCUAUUCCAGCUGAAAAUAUUCAGUCUAUAAUGCAUCUCCAAAAUGAUCACACUAUAAUGCAUCCUACAGUUGAUUGCCAUCUUUCAGAUGUGCCUUCUAUUCCAGCUGAAAAUAUUCAGUCUAUAACGCAUCUCCAAAAUGAUCACACUAUAAUGCAUCCUACAGUUGAUUGUCAUCUUUCAGAUGUGCCUUCUAUUCCAGCUGAAAAUAUUCAGUCUAUAACGCAUCUCCAAAAUGAUCACACUAUAAUGCAUCCUACAGUUGAUUGUCAUCUUUCAGAUGUGCCUUCUAUUCCAGCUGAAAAUAUUCAGUCUAUAACGCAUCUCCAAAAUGAUCACACUAUAAUGCAUCCUACAGUUGAUUGUCAUCUUUCAGAUGUGCCUUCUAUUCCAGCUGAAAAUAUUCAGUCUAUAACGCAUCUCCAAAAUGGUCACACUAUAAUGCAUCCUACAGUUGAUUGUCAUCUUUCUGAUGUGCCUUCUAAUCCAGCUGAAAAUAUUCAGAAUCUAGAUAUCAUUCAUGCAGCUGAAAAUAUUCAGAAUCUAGAUAUCAUUCCUCCAGCUGAAAAUAUUCAGAAUCUAGAUAUGUUUCCUCCUGCUGAAAAUAUUCAGAAUCUAGAUAUCUUUCCUCCUGCUGAAAAUAUUCAGAAUCUAGAUAUCUUUCCUCCUGCUGUGCCAUCUUCUCCCGUUGAAGAUGAAGUUGAAGAAGUACCUGAGUAUUGUCCUCGGGCUGUUGUGCAGUAUUAUCGCAUGUAUAUAUACAAGAAGAGCCGGGCUGAUAAAAAAAAGUGGAUACUAAAGGCAAAGAAGCAUCUGUUAUCAGAGGGAUGGGUUUUAGACCAUCCACCUCCAUUUAAUAAGAGAAGGGGAAUAAUAUACAUGUCUCCACAAAAUCGGAAAUUCCCAACACUCCAUGCAGCAUGCAAAUUUUGCAUUGAAGAAACUAUUCCUAAUUGGGACCUUGAAUGGCAGGAGAUGGAUGAAGGUGCUUCUGGUAUGAAACCAACUACAAAUCAAAAGAAGAAAAACAAGAGGGAUUUGAAGGCCAACACACCUAAGGGCCAAAGCAAUGGACCUCGACAGGUGCUAAGAUCAAAUAAGAGGGUGCAAAAGGUGUCUGCCUCUACUCAUUUACAUCACAAGCCUCUAAACAUUCCGUCUUAUUUGAUAGACAGCAACAUCAUCUUACCAAGGUCUAAGGUUUAUUAUAAGGCAAAAGGCACGAACCGUGCAGUCCGAACUUUGGCUGAGGGGAAAAUAACUCAUGAUGGAAUCAAGUGUAACUGUUGCCUUACAAUAUACAGUUUUGCUGGAUUUGAAAAACAUGCUACUGGCAGUAGUACCUGCAGACCCUCUGCUAAUAUCUUUUUGGAUGACGGGAAGUCACUCUUGGACUGCCAGAUACAAAUGAUGCAAGGUCAAAAGAAUAGUGUAGCUAGUGGAAAAGCAUUAAGUGAUCUUUCUCUAGCUGAUAAUGACUACAUUUGUUCAGUUUGUCGCUAUGGUGGUGAACUUAUUUUAUGUGAUAAAUGUCCAUCCUCAUUCCAUAAGACGUGUCUUGGUUUGGAGGAUGUCCCUGAAGGUGACUGGUUUUGUCCAUCAUGUCGUUGCGGGAUUUGUGGCCAAAGGAAAAUUGAUGGAGAUGAGGUUGAACACUUCCUUUCUUGCAUACAAUGUGAACAUAAAUAUCAUGUUAGGUGCCUGAAAAAUGGAGCUGCAAAUACAUCAAGAUAUAAUGGAAACUGGUUCUGUGGAAAAGACUGUGAAAAGAUAUUCGAGGGCCUUCAUAAAUUAUUAGGAGAGCCAAUUCCAGUGGCUAGCAAUCUAACUUGGACUUUGGUGAAGUUUAUCAACCCUGACAGUUGUGAUCUUGGUAAUGUUGAAAGUGAUUUAGUGGCAGAAAGUUACUGCAAACUCAAUCUUGCUCUUUCGUUGAUGCAUGAAUGUUUUGAGCCCCUAAAAGAACCCUUGACUUCCAGAGAUCUCGUGGAAGAUGCUCUAUUCAGCAGAAGGUCAGAGCUUAACCGAAUAAAUUUCCAGGGUUUCUACACUGUGCUACUUGAGAGAAAUGAAGAACUGGUUAGUGUGGCAACUGUUAGGGUCCAUGGGAAGAAGGUAGCUGAAAUACCUCUUGUUGGUACCAGAUUACAAUAUCGUCGACAUGGAAUGUGUCGCAUUUUAGUAAAUGAGCUUGAAAAGAAGCUCAUGAAAUUAGAUGUGGAGAGGCUGGUUUUGCCGGCUGUUCCUAGUGUGCUAGAGACAUGGACCGGCUCUUUUGGCUUUGCAAAGAUGACUGAUUAUGAGAGAUCUCAGUUUCUGGACUAUACUUUCCUAGAUUUUGAGGGUACCAUUAUGUGCCAAAAGUUGUUGAUGAACAUAGCAUCUUCAGAUUCAGUUCCGUUAACAGAGUCUAAACGUUGCUGUUUUAACCCCAGUAAGUCUGGUCCCAUAUGUGAAGUGCACCAAGGAGAAGCUAUUGACGAAAAUGCUUGUGCUGGCAAUAAUGAUCACCAUGAUUUAAGAGCUGUUGACCCAUUUAGAAUGGUAAAGGAACCGGAUCAACAGUGUCAGAAAGGAACAACCAGUAGUGUGUGCUCGUUUGAUGAACUAGUUGAAAGGAAUGAUGAUGAUCUGUAUAAGUUUGUCUACACACGAAAGAAACUGAGAAAAUGA